AUGUCAUUUUGUGUUCGAUACGUCGAUGAAGAUCCUGAACAUCAAUUAAUUUUACGGGAAGAUUUUUUAAAAUUUGUGUCAGUAGAAAAUACUACUGGCAAAAAUAUAGCCAAUGUUAUUUUCGAAACUAUUAAAUGUCUUGGUAUAGAUUCGAAUUAUAUGGUAGGGCAAGGAUAUGACGGGGCAGCAUCAAUGAGCGGUAACUUUAACGGAGUGCAAGCAAUUAUUCGAAAAGUACAUCCAACAGCACUUUAUGUACACUGCAGUGCUCAUUCUUUAAAUUUAGCCCUCUCUCAUUCGUGUAGCAUUCAACAUAUUCGUAACUGUAUUGGUACCAUUAAAUCGUUUCCUGAAUCUAAAUGGACCAAACUUACAUCAAUGUGUAAGACACGCUGGGUGGAAAAUCACGACGGACUUAUACGAUUUACAGAAAUUUAUAAAGCAAUUGUAAAUACACUAGAUGACUUACAGUUAAAAUGUGAUAUUGAAACGUCAUCAAAAGCUUUACAAUUAGGAAAAACUAUUAUAACCAGCGACUUUGUUAUAAAAUAUUACCGCAUAACAAUAGCUAUUCCUUUUUUCGACGAUUUCAUUGAACAACUUCAAGCAAGGUUUAAUAAUCACAAAAAACAAAUUUCUUCACUGCACAAGUUGUUACCAAAAAUAUGCAACAAAAUUGAAAUAGAUGCAAACGACUUCGAAAUAUAUUCUGAAUUUCUGGAUAUAGAAGUACUGCUAACAGAAAUUCAACUUUGGAAAAGAAAAUGGUCUAACAAACCAGAAAAAGAGCAACCAAACUCAGCUAUUGAAGCAUAUAUUAAAU